AAGCAUAUAUUGUUUAACUUUUAACUAAAUAAAUAAAACAUAAGUGUACAGAAGUGCUUCAAAUAACUUCGGACUUUCCCUCAAGCUGCUCUCAAUUUUUGUUUUGAAGAUUUUUGAGGUCGCUGCCAUGUAGAUCGCAGUAGAUAUACUGCUCCGAAGUGCAGCUUUCACGCCAAUACCCGAGGGGCUAUACUGAAUUUAAGCUCGCUGACUGUGCGCCCAAAAGUAGUCAAGGAGUGCAUGACCUCAUUAGCAAUAGCUUCAAGCUUUAGCUUCAGCAAAGCCGACGAGCUUGCUAAGGAGGGCACCCUUUGCAUGAUCCACCUUUUGGAGUUUAUGAAUAACACAAAGGACGAAUAUCUAUCCAAGUGAGAUCAAUUGAUUUUUGGAUCAAUAAUUUGUCUUCUGAAAAAUAAGCCGAUAUAAAGUUUUAAAAAUCCACGGUAAGAAUACUCGUACUGUAAUAUCCGAAGAGCGUGACGAGCUGAGUCGAUUUAGCCAUGUCCGUCUCGUCUGUCCGUCUGUCUGUCUGUAUUAAUGUGUACAAGUCGAUCUGAAAUUUUCAACAUCUGCUUUUCUCCGCAGGAAGCUGUUCAUUUAUUGGAAUCGCCGAUAUCGGACCACUAUAGCAUAUACUUGUAGCUGCCAUCUGUAUGGAAACUUAUUCAUUUGACGAGAUAUCUUCACAAAAUUUGGUAUGAAUUACAGACCAAGGCAACGCUGCAAUCUCCAAACCCACUGUUCAGAUCGGAAUGCUACAUCAUGUAGUUGCCGCACAAACGGGCCGAUCGAAAUCAAAAUAACUUUUUUUUUAUACCCCUUUGCUAUAAGAAAUGUAGAAUACCUGUGAAGGGUAUUAUAGCUUCGGUGCAGCCGAAGUUGACGUCACUUAGUGUUUUUACUGUUAUUGCUAUACUAAGGUAGGAGAUAAGUUUAAAUUUAAUUUUUACACUUUGUUGCUUUAGAAUUUUUUUUCUGAAGUAAUUUCAUUCACUUUUCAAUAUCUCAUUUUAUUUGAUCAUAUACCUAAUAUACAUAUGUAUAGGCUUAACAAAAAUUUUAUAUUAUAUUUAAUUUUGUGUUAAUUUACUCUAUAGGCAUAUUGAUAAGAAAAUGAGCAAGGCUCUCAUAAUUAUAUGUAAAUGCUCUUAUAAAGACGAGUAUAUAAAGAUAUGCAUCAAAUACUACCAUAUAUUCCUCGCAGAUCUUGAACUCACUUUUGAUUUAAACAUUUGCAAAAAAUAUGUUUUCGCACAUUCCCUUUUACUUUCAGAGUUAUAUGUCCUCUCACAGUUCCGCUUAUAAAUACCUUACAUGAGAUUGCAACGACUUUAGUCUGCAUCGAGAUUUGAAAGAGUGUUUUUGAGACAGAAUAAAGAUGUUUAAAAAAUUUGCAUUGCUGACGUUGGCCCUGCUUUUACUAAUACAGUUUAACGCGGGCUUACCGAGACCAUCUACUUCGGAAUCGGAGGAAGAUAAUAUCAUACCACAUGGUACAUCAACCACAACGCCAUCAACACUUGAAAGUGCUACGCCAAGUGGUCGCAAGCAAUUCGAAGCGAAUAUUUACAAAAGCUUUGAAAACUUUUUAGAUUUCCGUUUGGAACGAACCAAUAAAAUAGCCCAAGAUGUGCUUGCCGAUCCUUUGAUGAAUAGCAUCAACAGUAAAGCUAUGGAGGAGGAGAAAAGUGUACUUAGGAAAUAUGUGAAGGACUCUAAGGAGGCAUUAAUUGCGGUUUUGCCUGCCGAUAAAAAUGAUUUUCACAAUCGGUUUUUCUUUGCAAUCGGUAAAGAUUUUGUGCUGGAAAUUUUCAACAGCUUUAAUCGAAGACGUGCAUCGAAAACAGAAGAUCUGUCACCAGAACAACGGGUCUCAUGGAAUGCUUUAAAGAAACAUGGAGUAUUAGAAUACAACGAAGAAAUGGAGAAACGUGCGAAAGAAUUUGCCUGCCAAAUAGUAGAUGAAUUCGAUUAUUAUAUGAAAGCUCUCCCAUCGGCCGAAAAAGAGAAGAAAAAAGAAAUGGUGGAAGUUUGGAAUUUGUAUAAAAAGAAUGAGCUCGGAUUGGAUAAGGCCGAAUUUGGCGAACGAUUGUUCGGUGAACUAUUCCGAUAUGACUCCAAAGUAUAACCAGAUAGAAUUUAUGUAAUAUAAUUAAAAUUUACGAAAAAGUAAAUAAUAAUAAAAAUAUGUAUCGAAUAUGGGCAUGGCAUAGAAAUUAUUGUACAUUACUGAAUAAAAUAAAAAUAGAAUAAUUUCUGAACAAACGGUUUCACUUUUAAA